CUCAAGUAUAUUAUUUUCCUUCAUCGGACAUACCUAUAUACAUACCUAUCAGUAUUACCCAUUCGGUAAAACGUUAUAUAUAUUUACUUAUAUAGUUUACAUACCAUUUGGUUCAUUCAAAAUAAAUAUUAAUAAGAAAUGAAAUAUUGAUAAUUCACAAGGAUGUAGAACUAAAUAAACUCGGCUGCAAAGAGGGAUUACAUGCAAAACAUUAAAAUAAUAAAUAAAUAAACAUUGUGUACACGUCUUUCGGAGAUCUAUUAAAACAUUUCACUUCUAAAAACAUUAAUGGCGAAGUGUCAUUCCUUAACGGAGCUGUCUCGAAUAUGUGUUCCCUGGCUGUUUGAUUUAAAGUCACUGUUCCAUAUACUUAUAUUUGAUGUAAAGUGUGUGAUAUUAGUGAACAAAUUUAUAUGGAAAUGAAGAUCUAUAGGUUAUUUAAUGAAGGGAGUAGAGUAAAUCAGUUCAUUUGUGCUUUUUUAGUAAAUGUACCAGUAUUUGCAUAUGGCGCGAGCAUAGGAUGGAUGUCCCCGAUGACUCUGCUCUUGCAGUCAGAUAAGUCUCCCAGAGGGACGCCUCUUACUGAUUUAGAGGUCUCAACCAUGGCUGCAGUGGCUUAUCUAGUUUGCAUUCCAGGUGAUUUCAUGAUGGCGUUAUUAGGAGAUUGGAUUGGAAGAAAGAAAACCCUUAUGCUUAUAUCCGCAUCCUGUGUUGCAACUUGGGUGACGCUCUUGUUUUCUACCGAAGUGUGGGCGCUCGUCUUGGCCCGAGCUUUCGUGGGAAUCGCUAUGGCGGGUGCUUACGUCACUUGUCCAAUUUAUACGAAGGAAAUUAGUGACGACAGUAUACGAGGCGCUUUAGGUUGUCUUAUUGUUGUAUCGCACACGACAGGCAACCUGUUUCUUUAUAUCAUCGGUGAUAUUUUAAAGUAUAGGACAAUUCUCUGGAUAUGUCUUUUUAUACCAACCUGCCAUCUGGUUUUGUUUAUGAUGAUGCCGGAGACGCCUUCGUAUUUAGUUAAAAAAGGAAGAACUGAGGAAGCAGUCAGGGUGAUGGCUUGGUUGCGAUGUAAGAAAGUUACCGAUUCGUCCCUUACAACAGAACUUCAAUCAUUGCAAAAUGAACAGAAAAAUGACGAAGGAGCCAAUAAGUUUCUGUUAAAAGCAAUAUGCAAUGAUGUUGGGUGCUGUACAAGUAGCGGGCUCGGCGUUGGCCUCUAUUAUCGUCGAGAGGGCCGGAAGGAAGUUUAUACUUUUCACAACAUCCCUAAUCUCCGGGAUAAGUAUGUGUGUCCUUGCUUCUUGGUUCCUGGCCAAAGUCUACGAGCUGUAUUUGCCUAA